AUGGCCAUCCUUAAACGGAAAGUGUACUUCAGGUUAUUUUUGGUUUCUGGAGCGAUUUUUACCUUAUACUGCUUCGCCUGGCUAAAAGCUAAGGAGGAAUCAGGUAUCCAUGUAAUAACUAACUAUCCCUUGAUGACUGAAAAACCCUGGAACGAAAACCAAACAGAGACCAAUAUAUCCAGACUAUGGCAACGACAGGAAGAAAUAGAAGAAACAUUACAGAAAAAUCUCAACCACACUUUAGUCACAGCCGUUCAUCUUCUCGUUAAUCAGCCAUUGGCCGAACAAAGAUUGAGCGAACAAAAUUUUCACAACAAACACAAAAUAUUUGUACAUCGCAUCAACGCCUUGCCGAAAUACAGAGAUUUUUUCGAUUACGUAAACGACAGGCUCCAAAAUCGGUUUGUGGUUAUGAUGAACAUGGAUAUUUAUCUUGGCGAAGGAUUUGAAAUGAUAAACAAAACAUUUCUAGUAAAAAGUAAAAUAUCUUACAUUUUAACACGCCAUGGACGUCAGGAAAAAAGAUGCAAUAUGGGCGGAAAACUUGGAUAUUGUGGAGUAAGCUAUUUCGGUUCGCACGAUACCUAUAUUUUUGUGCUUACACAACCUUUAGACGAAUCUGUUCUGGCGGAGUUGGAUUAUGAUAUGAAUGUCCUUGGAGCGGAAAACAAACUGAUUUGGGUAUUAAGGAACAAGAUGAAAAGGAGACUUCUCAAUCCGUGUGAAUACUUGAGGACAUACCACAACCACUGUGUUGAUAUACAUGGUAGUGUAAGACCACGAAUAAACAAGAGUGGGUAUAAAGGUGGUGGGGUAGCACCUAGUGGGUUGUAUGAAUGACAUGAAUUGCCUGUUACUGAAAAGAACAAUAAUUCCCUUCGAAAGGAAAUAAUUUAGGUAAAAGCUUCUACUACAUGUGUAAUAUAUAACCAGGGUUCGUACAAAACUUGAAAGGCCUUGAAUGUCCUUGAAUUUGUAAAGAAGUGCUUAAAUGCCCUUGAAUUCUUCUUGCUUUAGUUUUUGGAUAUUUUCUGAAAUUGUUUGACAUUCAAGACGGACAUUUUGUUGAACUGAUUUUGCAUGUUCAUAUCUGACCUCCUUAUAAAGUUACGCUUCCCACCUAAACUUUUGGCAAAAUCCCAGUCCCAGUCCGGGUUAUUGAAAUCCCAGUAAAAAAAAAACCCGGUAGAAUAAACAGUUUUAUUAUG